GCCAUCCCCGCCCCGCCCCCAGUCCCUCCCGACGACCGGAAGCAGCCUCCAGACCCGCGCUUCCCUGGCUUCUCCCCGGUACCGUGGGUCGUCCUUCCCCGCCCCGAGGAUUAUCCAUGAGGAGAGCUUCACCUCCUUGAAAAUUAAAGCCUGGCAGUCCUUAGCUAUUCCCAGUCCAAAUGUCUGAGUCAACAUUCCUGCCACAAACUUCAGAAGAGCCCGGUAGCAUCCUGGUAGUGAAGAUGGAAGGGAAAGAGGAGUCCUGUAAUCAGGAAUCCAGCCUCCACUUGAGAAGCUGUUACAGCCCGGAGACUUUUCGCCUGCAGUUCAGGCACUUUGGCUACCAGGAGUCCCCUGGGCCCAGGGAGGCUCUGAACAGGCUCCGGGAGCUUUGCGGUCUGUGGCUGAGGCCGGAGGUGUACACCAAGAGGCAGAUCCUGGAGCUGCUGGUGCUGGAGCAGUUCCUGGCCAUCCUGCCAGAGGAGCUGCAGGCCUGGCUGCGAGAGCACCAACCAGAGAACGGAGAGGAAGCCGUGACUAUGCUGGAGGAGCUGGAGAAGGAGCUUGAUGGGCCAGCAGAGCAGGUUUUGGGACAAAAUGAAGACACACUUGCAGAGAAAAUGGCAGCGUGGGCCGUCACUCAAGAGUCACCAUGUGGCCCGCUGAAGCCUGCAAAGCAGCAGCUGCAGUGCACACCCCAGGAGCUGCACCCCUCCAGACAAAACGAUAAAGACACUAGAACUGUAAAUGUGAAGUCAGCUUCAAAGCAAAGGACUUCUUCAGGGGUAGAACUGCAUUACGAUGUUUCUAACAUCAUUCAUGUGAAUGCUGCCCGGAGUUUCCCGUCUGGAGGAACUGGCGAACAAAGUGGCCUGUUUAAAAGAAGUCAUAGAAAUCCUUCUCAAAAGAAACAACACAAGUGUGACGAGUGUGGCAAAACCUUUAGUCAGAGCUCCGCCCUGCUGCUACAUCAGAGAAUCCACAGUGGAGAGAAACCGUAUGUGUGUGACGUGUGUGCAAAGGCUUUCAGCCGAAGCGCGGUCCUGAUUCAGCAUCGAAGAGUCCACACUGGGGAAAAACCUUACAAGUGCCAUGACUGCGGGAAAGCCUUCAGUCAGAGCUCCAAUCUUUUCAGACACAGAAAAAGUCAUACUAGAGGAAGAGGUCUCAUCAGUGUUGUGAGGGAAUCAAAGCAUUUACUGAGAACUUUGUCAACAGAAGAAGAAGACAAAAGGCACAAACAACUUAGUAUAGAUCAGUGGUUCCGGAGCACAGAACGUUGGGCAACCCGAGGAAAGAGGCACCAGGCCAAACCCAGGCUCAAAGCGGUCAUUGUCGUAGGGCUGCCCCUCCCCCGUCCAGAGCACGUCUCCAUGGCAACGCGGGGCUUCGCCUCCCUCCGCCUCCUGGGGCCCGCAGACCGGAAGCAGCCCGCGCCGGGGGCUUCUGGGAAACAGCUUGUGAGUGGCGUUUCUGCGUCUGCCUUGCACAGUGAAGCUGCUGUGGUUCCCGAGCCGGAGGUUUGCGCCAGAGUGGAGGAAAGGAUCAGGAUGUCUGCACAGUCAGUGGAAGAAGAUUCGAUACUUAUCAUCCCAACUCCAGAUGAAGAGGAAAAGAUUCUGAGAGUGAAGUUGGAGGAGGAUCCUGAUGGCGAAGAGGGAUCAAGUAUUCCCUGGAACCAUCUCCCUGACCCAGAGGUUUUCCGACAGCGAUUCAGGCAGUUUGGAUACCAGGAUUCACCUGGGCCCCGGGAGGCUGUGAGCCAGCUUCGAGAACUUUGCCGUCUGUGGCUCAGGCCAGAGACACACACAAAAGAGCAAAUCUUGGAGCUAGUAGUGCUGGAGCAGUUCGUUGCCAUUCUCCCCAAGGAGCUGCAGACUUGGGUUCGAGAGCAUAAUCCAGAAAAUGGAGAGGAGGCGGUGACGGUGCUGGAGGAUUUAGAGAGUGAACUAGAUGACCCUGGACAGCCGGUUUCUCUCCGUCGACGAAAACGGGAAGUGCUGGUAGAGGAGAUUGUCUCUCAAGAAGAAGCUCAGGGAUUACCAAAUUCUGAGCUUGAUGCCGUGGAAAACCAGCUGAAGUGGGCGUCCUGGGAGCUCCAUUCCCUAAGGCACUGUGAUGAUGAUGCUAGGACUGAAAAUGGAGCAUUAGCUCCAAAGCAGGAGAUUCCUUCAGCAGUAGAAUCUCAUGAAGUUCCUGGCAGUCUCAAUAUAGGUGUUCCUCAGAUUUUUAAAUAUGGAGAAGCCUGCUUCCCUAAGGGCAGGUUUGAAAGAAAGAGAAAUCCUUCUAGGAAGAAACAACAUAUAUGUGAUGAAUGUGGAAAACACUUCAGUCAGGGCUCAGCCCUUAUUCUUCAUCAAAGAAUCCACAGUGGAGAGAAACCCUAUGGGUGUGUUGAAUGCGGGAAGGCGUUCAGCAGAAGCUCCAUCCUUGUGCAGCACCAGAGGGUCCAUACUGGAGAAAAACCUUACAAAUGUCUCGAAUGUGGAAAAGCCUUUAGCCAGAAUUCUGGGCUUAUUAAUCAUCAGAGAAUCCAUACUGGAGAGAAACCUUACGAAUGCGUUCAGUGUGGGAAAUCCUAUAGUCAAAGCUCAAAUCUUUUUAGACAUCAGCGAAGACACAAUGCUGAAAAACUUCUGAAUGUUGUGAAAGUUUAAGGAAUUUUGAAAAAAGUCAGCACUCAGGUCUUUUUCUUCAGAAAUGAAGACAAAAUCAAAAACAUGGAAUGAUACAUAGCAGUUUGGUUUCCCUAUAAGAAUGUUAGAAAAUCCACUGGGAAAUGUAGAAAAUUGUCACCCACCAUCAUCAUUUCAUCUUGAAAGAAAUGGUGUCAUACCUGCCUAGAAACUGAAAUUUUAACCUUAAUUCAGGUGUUAAUGCCUAAAUCUUCCAUGUGAUGUUUAUAUUCUGUUUUUUCCAAAUAAUCUCUAUUCUUUGUCCCCCUCUUAAAAUUUUCUUUUGUAGGCAAAUACAUGAGUUCUGUGUUGAUCAUUGCGAUGUUCUUUGCAAGGAUACAUUCCCUUCUACACUAAAAGUCAACAUGGCAGUUAUGAAGUCUGAAAACUGAAGCCAUCUUUUCAAAAUUUUCUGUUUCUUUUGUACCCAAUUUGGAUAUGCAUUUCAGAAAAUAGAAGAUAAAAGGUGGCUAAAAGCCUCAAGGUAAAAUUAGAAGUGCUGGUGAUAAAACAUCAAAAAGUGAAUGGGACACCUAGAUUGGGAAAGAUAGAGAAAUACUUGGAUUCAAGAAUUGAAGUACAUUAAGAGUUUAUCUAAAUGCAAUUAUCGGCCUAUAAGAAAACUCAAAAAGGGCGCACCCUGUCUGUAAUGUGGAGACAUCCCACCAAUGAAAGUAACAUCCUCCCAUGGUUCAUCAGAAGGUGGGUCGAGUAAACGAUACUCGUAAACUAGGAAGGUAGAAAUGACACUAGGGCGAAUUCGCGGUGAAUGGCUGUGUUGAAGGGCAAAUGUAAAAGGGUAAUGGUCUGUCUGGGAUUUUAGGAAACAAAAGACUUGAAGAUCCAAUUCAUUAUCAUUUUGCCUUCAUUUUUGUUAAGGACAGGAAAAUCUCUGACCAGGUGGGUAACAAGGUAUCAAGUUUGCUACUUUAUUUUUUUGGUGAAAGAAAAGGGUUGAACACCAAGCUAACAAAGCAGCCAUGUACUCAUUUGUUAUUAAACAUUUUCUACCGACAAGGCACUGUGCUAGGUACUGUAACCCUGCCGUGAGUAGGUAGGUAAUUCUUUCACUGUAAGUUCCUGGGGAUUGGUACAAAGCUGUUGCUCAUGAGUUGGCCUCUUGCCCACGUCUGAGCAGUCCUGGGGGAGGUCACCUCUGAAAUUCUCAGAGCCAUGCUUCUCUCACCAGGGUGUCACAUUUCGGGGGAAGGAAGACUCAGAGAGCUAGCCAUCUCUCCAGCAUUCUUCAGUAGUGAGUCCAAAAUUCUAUCACAGUUUAGAGGUUUGUGCGUUUAAAAAAAAAACUAAUCAAUCUAGAGAUCUAGCAUUAAGGGUGUACUUAACAUGUUAAGUUGAAAGGAUUGUUUUGUUUUAAAAAAAACAAUUAGGUUAUUGACAACUAGUAUAUUAACUCUCAGAAUUGAUUGAAGUAUUUUUUUAAUUUUAAGUCUUAACACAUUUUUAAAAAUGUAUAAAAGGAAUCCAUUGUAGUGGUAGGAUUAUAUACUCCUUGGCUGAGAAUCCCAAGUACUGUGGUUCUGCUGUUUAGUGGAAAACUCUAGAAGUUAAAAUACAGAAUCUGAGAAAAGGCGUUUUUAUAGUGGGCAUCGUUGUGUGGAAAAUGACCCAUGUGAAUACAGAUAUUUCACAGUUCCGGAGAUUUGGGUUAUAGCUGGUGCUUGGAUCGAAUUUUAAAAAUGGAAGGCGAAGUCUGCACGAGCCUGUGCAAAAGCGUCGUGGUAAAUGCAAGGCCCGCUGGUGGGGGGGUGAGGCAGGUGGAGCUUGUUUAUAGGUUUUCUGAUAACAAUUAUAAGAAAUGUGCUUUAUAGAUUAAGAUUUAUUGAAGUAUAAAUAUGUAGUAAUGAUAUAAUGUAUUUUAAGUUAUACAAGAAAAUGUAGGGACUUCUGUUGGGGUCUGUUUUCUCUGUGGCUGAGAGGAAACAAGUCAGUGUCCAGUAACGGUGCGGACUCCUCUGCUCUGAGAUAAAAUGAUCUUGAGUUUAUCGAAUGAUUUAUUUAUAACCGACUUCUUUCCAAGUAGGCUUUGAGGUGGCAUAUUUGGAAUUCUGCCGGGAUGACAGGAUUCUUCUAUCAGAGUAGGUAAGAAGGGACCAAGCUCUCAGUGACUGAAAUUUCAUGCUUGCUUAGAUUUUAUGUCUUUCCUGAAUACAAAGAAGCUUCCAUGUGGUAGAUUUGUCUUAAAUGCCAAAGAUGUUUGGUAUAAUGUGAGAGCUUAGAAAAAGUCGUAUUAGAGUUGGCAGAUAUGUGUUUGUCUUGCCAGCUCUGAUACCUGGGGGUUGUUUGGGAAGGAUUCUGAGGCUAAGGCAGGGCUUUGUGGGAGAAAUGGCUGGAUCCAAAGGACUGGCUGAUCGUGCGCAGGAAAAGGAAGUGAUCUGUGUACUGGCUGGCUCUGAUUAGGUUAUGUCCCCAGUAGACAAAUUGAUUUAAAGUAACUCUUCAGUGACUUAUGAUUUCAUCUCUACCUUUAUGUAUACCCACACAGCUAACCAGCGGUUCUGGGGGCUGCCCAGCCUCGGAUGAAGUGGUGAUCUGGCAGUUGUCAAGCAGUGGCGUCUGUGUGGUUGGCAAAUGAGCACGCAGUGUUAAUGGCAUGCAGACUGCUGAUACCUACCCAGGAGCCACUGAGCUUUUUGCUCAUUACUGCUAAAGUUUUUUCUGGUGUUCUUGGCGUUUAAGCUUCCUAUACUUAACACCCAGUUGGCACUUGAUCAUUUAGCAGUACGUCUAGCAAUUUAUGUAAGUUGAAGGGAGGGUUAUAUGUAUUGAAAUAAUCUGCAUGCCAGGCAUUGGACUAGAGACCGUACCUAUCUCUCUUAGAUUUGUAGACUUAGACAAGCAGGAUUCAGAGACUGUGAGACUUGCAUGUGGCCAAGUAGAGCUAAAAUUCAAGUCUAGUUCUGUGAACUCCACAGACGUAUAUUUUUCCACAAUGCCAUGAGUGGUGGCCAUUAAACUUUGAUUUUAGGUUUUACCUUUUAUGGUUCAGAUGCUUUUAUCUUUUAUAGUUAAUGUGAAAACUAUUAAAUAUGCUUGUUUAAAUUUUCUAUAGUACAGAAUGUAAAGUGAAAAAAAAGACAUUCCUUUUCAUAGUCUUACUCAGAAAUAUUAAUUACUUGGUUUGUUAUUCUUCCAGGACUAGGCAUAUACAAAUUUAAUUGACAGUGUGUUAAUAGCUGACACUUGUGGUUUCUAUAAAGGCACUGUUUGAAGUGCUCUAGCAUGGAUUAACUCAAUCCUCACAGCACUCGUACGAGGUAGGUACAUAAUGCCCAUUUUACAUACACACACUGCGAUUUGCCUCCUCUCCUUCCCAGUUUGGUAAGACCUUGUUUUUCAUGGCUACAUAUACUGUUUCACUGCAUGAAUAUACUCUAAUUCAUUUAACUGACCCCUGGAUAUUUUGGUUCUUUAUAGUUUUUUAUUAUAGAUAAAGAUAUAGUUAACAUCCUUGUACAUCUAUUUUGCUGCCUGUGUGGGUACUUCUGUAGGAUAAAUAGAAGUGAAUUUUUGGGGUCUUACUGUGUACAUUCAGCAUUUUAAGAAAUGCCACCCAAAAGAUCGUAGUAGUUUACAACUCCAUCAACAGUAAGAACGUGCCUGUUGGCCUACAUGCCCACCAAUCCUGUAUCCUCAAAUAUUUUUGCCUAUCUGAUAGGCAAAAUUUAUUUCCUUUUUAUUAUUAAUAAGGAGGAACAUUUCUUCUUUGUUUAUUGGCCAUUUGCAUUUCCUGUUGUGAAUAGUGUUUGCCCAUUUUAAUUUUUUUAAUUACCAGGCUAUAAAUGACUACCAGCUCAUUGUACAAAAUGUAAAUGAUACACACAGGUAUAAGGACAAACAGACCCUUUUCUGUAGCAUUUCCAAUCACAUUCCACUGUCCGCAGGUUAGUGUACAUUCAUCUAGUCCCCUUUCCAUACAUAUCCGUGUGGAUAUACAUAAACACAUAAAAACUAUUUUUACAUGAAUAGGAUCAUAUAUGUAUUGUUCUGCAGCUUGCUUUGUUUGUGUGUCUCAAAAACAUCCUGAGGAUUUUAAAUUUCUUUAAUGGUUGAAUAGAAUUCAAUAUUAUGAAAAUACCAUUACUGGACUGUUUUCUUAUUUUUUUCCUCUUGCUAUUACAUUGCCAAAGUAAAUCUUUUUCAUAUAUAUUUGUGCAUGUGUGUGAAUAUUUCUUUAGGAUGGAGUUGUGUAGGGUGGAUUGUUGCAUCAAAGGUGUGCUCUCAGACAGACCCACCUUAGCCUUCCCAUAGGCCUUCAUAACUUUAUAUUUUACCAACUGUAUGGAAAAGCUCAUUUCCCCAUAUAGCUUUACUUACUCGUGAUAGUUCUAUCGGAUGAGAAAAAAAAAAAGAACUCUUAAUUGCAUUCCCUGAUUAAUGGUGAGUUUGAGGUUAUUUUCAUGUGUAUUGGCCAUUUAUAGUUUCACCGUAGGUGGUUCAUAUCUUUUUCCCGCUUUCCUAUUGGGUUACGUGCGGAUAUGUUUUCGUUUGUUCAGCAUCUCUCCCCAUCUUCUGGUAACAGAACCCUUAUUUAUUGUGGGGAACCCAUUCCCUGUGGCUUAGGUGAGUACCUGACCAGGUCUGGCCUUCCUGAGUUCUGCAGCUCCCUAGCCACAGUGAUGAAAGAAUAGGGAUGUUACUCAAGCCAGGCUACAGAGAGCCCUCAACAGAACUUCUGUGGAAACGAUUGGAAAGAAGGCUCUACGGAGAUCUCACGAACUAAGGACUUGUGUAAGCCUGAAUUUGUACCAUGCGGAGUUUGAGGAGAAACUCAAAAGAGAACUGAGUUCUGGUAUCAUUUUUCUGGAGGCCCUAGUCCAGCUGUGCCUAAAGCCUGCCCUACCUCCGGACUUUAACAUUUUGUGAGCCAAUAAAGUCCCUUUCUUGUUUAAGAUAA